AGACGCAGGGCUCACCGCGCCCCUCCCGCUCCAACCGGAGACCCCAGGCGCCGCCAGCCCACCACCCCAGCCUCCCGGGCGCCGUGGAAUCCUCCCGACCUCGCGGCCAACUCUUGGACAUGGCGACCCCCACCGGACCCCCGGUGUCCUGUCCCAAGGCCGCCGUUGCUCGCGCGCUCCUGCUUGGCUGGGUCCUCGUCCAGGUGGCUGGAGCCACAGGCACUACAGAUGUAAUUGUAGCAUAUAACUUAACUUGGAAGUCAACUAAUUUCAAGACCAUUUUGGAGUGGGAACCCAAACCCAUUAAUUAUGUCUACACUGUUCAGAUAAGCCCUAGACUAGGAGAUUGGAAAAACAAAUGCUUCCACACGACAGACACGGAGUGUGACGUCACGGACGAGAUCAUGAGGAACGUGAAGGAGACGUACGUGGCGCGGGUCCUGUCCUAUCCUGCGGACACCGUGCUCACCGCUCAGGAGCCUCCGUUUACCAACUCGCCCCCCUUCACGCCCUACCUGGACACAAACCUCGGACAGCCAGUGAUUCAGAGUUUUGAACAAGUCGGGACAAAACUGAAUGUGACCGUAGAAGCUGCUCGCACCUUAGUCAGGGUGAACGGCACAUUCCUCAGGCUGCGGGACGUUUUUGGCAAGGACUUGAAUUAUACCCUUUAUUACUGGAGAGCUUCGAGUACAGGAAAGAAAAAGGCCACGACCAACACUAAUGAGUUUCUGAUUGACGUGGAUAAAGGAGAAAACUACUGUUUCAGUGUUCAAGCAGUGAUUCCAUCCCGAAGAGUUAACCAGAAGAGUCCCGAAAGUCGCAUUGAGUGCACCAGCCAAGAGAAAGCUGUGUCCCGAGAACUGUUCCUCAUCGUUGGAGCGGUGGUGUUUGCGGUCAUCGUCUUCGUCCUCGUCCUGUCUGUGUCUCUGUACAAGUGCAGGAAGGAGCGGGCAGGGCCCAGUGGGAAGAGAACGCGCCCCUCUGUGGCGUGACGGUCUCGCGGUCAGACCUGCCAGCUCCGCGGCGCUCCUGUCGCGCGGGGACCAAGAGCUUUUGAGACAGUACAAGAGUAGAAUCCAUGGAAACACAACCCCUGGGCUCCAGGAAGGCUCUUUUCUGACCUGGUCUCGCGACGAGCAUUCUGGUUUCAACAUUAGCAUUAGACACUUGGGCAUGUAAUGAGCGGUACAACCAAUUCCGAGGGUUCUGAAAUGUCUUUUAACACUACGGCACCUUUUGCACAUAAUAUUCUUGAGACUGUAUGUUCUCUACAUUGAGGUGAAGCCAGGUCAUCCAAGGAAAAAGAAAUGCCCUGGAAAACCCUGGGUGGACUUGGGAAGAACUUCUGAGAAGGUGACUUCAAACCAACUGGGGGGAGGGAGCAAGAUGGGAGUUGGUGGACUUUUCUAACAGGUCUGUCCUUGUGUGACGUGGUAUUGAGGGGUUUUGUUUCAUUUUGAGUACUUUUGGAGGUUCAGAACACUUAGCAAAACUUUUAUAUGAAUGUGUUACACGCGGCAGCCUUGUAUCGGGGGCACAUUCCUAAUCUGCAUUACAGUUUAGCACUUUAACUGACCUGAAGGCUGUUGAUGAAACACGUGACAGCUCACCCUUCUGUUAUAAGACUGCCAACAACCUACACAGCUUAAGGUACUUCAAGGUUGAUAGUCAACAUUGUGUUUAUUUAUAUACUUUUUAAAAGGUUUUCUAUAUGGGGUUUUCUAUUUAUAGAGGCAAACUGUUCUGUUUGUAUAUAUUGAGAUAAUUUAUUUAAUAUACUUUUAUAUAAAUAAAGGUGACUGGAUAUUGUG